UAUGUGUGGCAUGGAAGGCAUCUGGUUCUCGCGGGAGGAACUCACUCCAAUGGCUAUUCUGAGGAUGUCUAUUGCCCCGCCAAUUUUCAGUUCUUCACGAAUUUCGCCAUCGUCGUCAACAUCGACGUCGCCGUUUCGCUUCUUGAAGCCGGCGCGUUGCGCGCCAGCCCAGCAAGUCCAACAACAAGAACAAGAACAACAACAGAGUGAUGCAGGGAUUUUGUGUGAACCUUGCAAUGGUAGAGGAUGGUUAGUAUGUGACUUUUGUAAAGGGCAAAAAACCAACGUUAAGGCCGACAACAAGCGCAUCUACCGUCGAUGCCCAUCUUGUCGAGCCAUUGGAUAUGUACUCUGUUCCAGUUGCAAAGUUUUUAAAUGUGUUACAUUCCCAAAUUACACUGAUGGUGAAGAAUUAUCCUUUUGAGCGUCUUAUAAAGCUUCGAGCUUGAUUUUAAAUGUAACCGGGGAUUAAUUAUUCUAUAUCUCUAAUAUUUGGGGGGGUUGAUUUAUUUUCCUUCUGUGUAAUUAUUUGAUUGUUGAUCUAAUGUAUUUGCUUAUAGAAA